AUGAACCUGCAUCUCUCAUGCUUACUGUUCAUCCUGCUGACAUCAUUGCCUGCAGGUCACUGUGGGGUCGGGAAUAGUGGAGUAUCCUUUCCAACAUGUACUUCAGUAAAAGGCUCUUGUUUCUUUGGCUGUAAGCUAGGAUGGAUGUGGAUUGGCUUCUGUAACAACAUAAUGUCCUGUUGUAAAAAGGAUACCUCGUAUGCACUUCCUCAAUCCAAAGGUAUAUGA